AUGGUCUUGGAGCCAUCGCUGACAAACAAUAACGCACCCGAUCGGACAUUCGCGUACUGUGUGGCCGCUGCGGAGGGUGACAACCAUAAAGCAGCACCAUUAUCGUCAUCACCCUUCUAUCAUCGAGGCACCAGCAACAGUAACAACAACACCAAUGGUCUGACUAGCAGCAGAAGCCAUAGCGGCAGUGGCACGGGCAGUGACAGUGACAGCAGUAGUGAUAGUGGCAAUGGAGCCGUCCCGAGCGAUGGCACUAGGUUUAGUAAAUUUAUCAAUAGCAUUAAGUACGCCCUCGGCAGUAGUAGUGGUGGCAGACAGCAGCGCGGUACUGCCGUGCUGGUGGGUGACCAUGAAAGCAGCAGCAGCAGCAGCCGAAACAGCAGCACGCGACCACUGGUGAUCAAAUCAACGUCCGUCAUAAAACGGUCGGCGCACAGUUGUGGUAGUAGCGCAAGCGAACUCACCGAUGGUACUAAACGAGGAGGACGUCACAAAACAUCAGCGACACCGGAUGCUGUUACGCCGGUGGCAAACGGAAUCCGCAACAGCCGGCGCACAUAA